AUCGGCAAGAGUCAUUCGUAAGACAGUUGGCUUUGUUGAAUUUUUUACUAUAAGGCAUGGCUAAUCGAGAGGAACACGAAAGGAGCGGAAAAUUUAAAUUGUCGCGAAUCUGAUGUCGUAAAACAUUUGACAGCUGAAUAUCUGGACGAAUAUCGUCAUUUCUUUUGUCUUAUUUAUUUAUUUACUUUCUUUCGUUUUUUUUUUUCCUUUUGUUUGUUUUUUUCUUUUCUUUUCUUUCCUUCCGAUGAAAAAAAUGAUGCGAGGCCGAGCGAGGAGUUCGCCCGCUCGUUUCCGAUCGAAAGUGACAUUUUUGUUCUCUCGGUGCUUUACGCAUUUUCAUUUCGCGGCGGUACCUCGCGGCGGGCCAAAUCGGCCUGAGGGUGGAGUGGGGAGAGGAGGAGGAGGAGGAGGACGAGGAGGUAGAGGAGCGGGCGACGCGUCCGCAAGCACCGACCUCCCCACCAAUCCGGCCAAUGGCUCUCUCUCUCUCUCUCUCUCUGGCGCGGUCUCUCUUUCUUUAUCCCUAUACUCCCUCCUCAUCCUUCUCCUCGUCCUCCUACUCCUUUUCUCUUCCUUUUUUUCUUUCUUUUUUUCUUUCUCUCUUUCUUUCUCAGUGGCCUGGCGCGGCGCUCUCUCGCUCUCUUGCUCUCUGCGUACGCACUAUUUUUUAGUCCGCACUUAUUACGACAGAUGUCUCAUGCUACGAUAAAGAAUAACGCCGAACGACUUCCGCCCCGCGUUAGCUGCUAGUCCUAAGCAGACUCGGGAACUGCGACUUGGAGUUAACUUCGUUCGUGCCUUCACUCUUUCUAUCUCUCUCUCUCUCUCUUUUUCUUCGCUUGGUUCUCGAUCGAGCACGUGUCCGUCGUCUCUCCCUCGUCCGUCCGUCCGUCCGUCCGGAUAUUCGAAAUUCCCGCGUCGCUGGCGCCACGCGUCUCGCGCGGCCCUGACGGCGUUUAGCGGCUCGCGAGAGAAAAAAGAGAGAAAAAAGACACAAGGAAAGAGAACGAGAAAGAGUAAGAGUAAGAGAAAGAAGAAGAAGAAGAAGAAGAGGAAAAAGAAGAGAGAAAGAGAGGGAAGUGGGUGGCGAGAAACGAAACGUGGAAGGAGCGAGGGCGUGAAGAGGGAGGAAAAGAUAGCUGCUAGGUCUCCGGAUCGCGCGCGCUCGGGCGUUGUAUCGUUGAAGGGGCACCUCCCUCCCCCCUCUACGCUUGGUGUCUCUCUUUCUCCCUCCCUCCCUCCUUCCCUCCCUCCCUGUCUUUCUUUCUUUCUCUCACUCUCUUCGUGGCGCGCAACCACGAGACCUAACCUCUCCGCACCCUUUUCUCUCGUUCGCCGCGCGCGCUCUCGGCGAGCGCGUGCGAGAGGGAAAGGAGCUUGAGUGAGAACGAGUGAGAACGACAGAAAGAGGGAGAGAGAGUUAGAAAGAGAGACAGUGAGAGAGAGAGAGGGAGAGAGAGAGUGAGAGAAUCGCCGGCGCCGCUCCUGUCGUCUCUCGCGACGCCGCGCACUCUCCACUUUUUCGGCGAGAGAGAGAGAGCGAACACGCCGAGCGACGACGACGAGAGCUGACACGCGCCGCGCGAUCUUACGUACGGAUAUCGUUUCGCGAGAGUGGCGAUGCUACUGUUACCUCUUCCACCACCACCGUCACCGUCACUGUCACUGUUACCAUCACCAUCACCGUCACCGUCAUCAUCGUCAUCGUCACCGUUGCCGUUGCCGUUGCCGUCAACGUCGCCGUCACUUCCGUGUCUUCGCCGGCUUUUUCCUCGUCUUUGCCUUCCUCGCCUUUGAUUACGAGACGCGAUUAUCGCGAAUAUAUAAAUCCUUAGUGCCUGCGGCUCGCGCGCUUACACGGUGUGAACGACACAACGAUAUACGAUUAAUUAAGGAUACACCCGUUAUAUAUCGUUCGAGUAUUUUCGUAAAACAAAAAAAUAAGAAGAGGAAGAAAAGGGAGGAUUGUACAUGGAGCAUGGUGUCCCAAGGUUGAAGAGAGCCAAGAAGGGCGAGCACGUGAGCGUUGUCUUCGGCCGGUGUCGCGACGAGGUGAAUAGAUAUAACGAUGGUAGAUACGCAACACUUUUGUCUGCGAUGGAAUAAUUACCAAAGCAGCAUAACGUCAGCUUUUGAAAACUUGAGAGAUGACGAGGACUUUGUGGACGUUACAUUGGCUUGUGAUGGCAAGAGCCUCAAAGCACACCGGGUUGUACUUUCUGCUUGCAGUCCAUACUUUAGGGAACUUCUCAAGAGCACACCAUGCAAGCAUCCGGUGAUAGUACUUCAAGAUGUAGCGUUCAGUGACUUACAUGCCUUGGUGGAGUUCAUCUACCAUGGGGAAGUGAACGUACAUCAGCGUUCUCUUAGCAGUUUCCUCAAAACUGCAGAAGUACUUAGGGUAUCGGGUCUUACACAACAAGCUGACCAGACGGAUAGGGACGAGCUCUCACAUGUUCGCGCACUGGCUGCUGGUGUUAAUCAUCUUCCUUUUCACGAAAAAUCAGAAGAAAGUUUUCCUCGUAGUGGUUCCCCGCCGGCACCGACAACACCAACACCUACGACGGUGCAACAGUUAUUGCGUAGAGCACAGAUACGUAGGAACGAGAGGCGUACGCCGGAUCUUCACGAGGAUUCGGCGAAAAGAUCGAGGGUAUCCUCGCCGCCUCUCAACAAUAAUGACGCUACACCGACCGAUUUUUCGAUGGUGAAAAACAAUCAUCUUUCGAGUAAAGUGGAAGGUAACGGUGUCCACGAAGAGAACAGUCCCAUAGAAGAUACAAUAAAGUGCGAGCCUUUGGAAUUGACCGGUGGUAACGGUGGGAAUGCCGGUAACAACGAGGACUCUUCGGAUUCGGGAGCAGCGGCAUCGGAUAGGCCACCGGCGUCGGCGAGUAGUAACGAACACGAGCCUGAACCCGAACACACACCGACGCAAAAUUUUAUGCCGGAAAGCAAAUUGUUCACAUCGACGCCAGGAAGUUUUAACUUCAGUAUGGCAGCCCUCACGGAUCACACGCCAUUGUCAGUGAAAUUUCCAGGGUUGGGCCACGGGUUGCAAACGCCGGAUUUAGCAGGAACUUCGCAAGACCGGGAGGUCGCCGAGGAGGACGGGGGUUGGCAGUCCGCCACCAACGGCGAGAACCAACAACAAUCCGGGCAAUCGAGCGAAAUUACAGGCUCUGAUCAUUGCGAGGUGGUCCAGGAGAACCACCAGCAGCUGCCGAUAAUCGAUCUCUUAGAUGGCAUUAACGAUCACGUGCAGAUCGUCCUAAAAUCGGAGCCCCUGUCUCCGAAGAUCAGCGAGCUCGAGUCUUGUCUUCUUUCGCCGGAACACGACGAGUAUAAGACGAACGAUCAUUACGAUCAAUAUCAUCCUCAUUAUCGUCAAUCGCAACAGCAACAACAACAACAACAACAACAACAACAGCAACCGCAACUGCAACAACUACAGCAACAACAGCAGCAGCAGCAUCAUCAUCAUCAUCAUCAACAACAGCAACAGCAACAACAGCAACAACAACAACAACAACAACAACAACAACAAAACAACCAACAUCACCGUUAUCCAAGCCAGGAGAGACUCGUAGCCAAUCUAUCGAUUGGCGAUCCCCGUUGGUUCUCUCAUGGAAACGAGCCGGCUCAGCCGGUAGCGAAAGUCCGUGAGGUAUCCCGAAGGAACGCGGAACAUGAGUUUAAGUUCUCAGGCCGAUCGAUCGGCGGCACUUACUGCAGCUUCUGUCAGAAAACCUUCUCUCGCGCAUGGUCUCUUCAGAGACACCUCGCGGACACGCACUUCUAUGUACCGCAAUCGUUGUCCUGCGAUCAGUGCGGGAGAAUUUACAAGAGCAGGAACAGCUUGGUCAGUCACAAGAGCCAAUAUCACGCGAGAAAGGAACGCAAAGAUCACGAUAUCCAUUGCGAACUUACAUAUUGAUCCCACGAUAGAUCACUAUUAUCGCUAAUCGCAUAGAGAAAUUAUAUUUUCUCGCGAUUGACGCGCGAUCUUUAGUGUCGAAAAUCUCUCUAGGUUCGCUAUUUUGUAAAUAUUAGACCAUUUUUUACUUGCUCGUCGCGAUAACGUUGGCUAUCUCGGUUCGGAGGUAACGCGCGGAUCGCGAAAGUUCUUCGUCCGUCCGUUCGUCCGUCCGUUUUCCUCGUUCUCUCGUUCGCUAAGAAUUUUAUAAUAAUAAAAGUUUAUUCCUCGUUAAAAAAUAUCCGUUCACAGCAGCUAGUCUGUUCGUUUUAUUUAUUAUUAUUAUUAUUAUUAUUAUUUUUUUUUUAAUAUUAGUUACCACAAAAACCAAAGAAACUUUUUCAUUUUUCCUUUUUAUUACCUUCGUUUCUCCUUAUUAUUAUUAUUAUUUUUUCUUUUUUUUCUUUUUAUGCUAUAUUAUAUCGAGAAAAUACUGAGACUACAAUUUUUUUUUCAAUCGAUUCCAUGAAAAUAUUUCGUCUUAUCGUUUAUAUUAUAUACGAAUUAUUGUUACUGCAGCUCGAUGGUAACGUGAGCUUUUUAAUCCACGCUCAGAAUAAAUCUUUUGUCGUUUUAGCUCUGAAAGAGAGGGAGAGAGAGGGAGAGAGAGAGAGAGAGAGAGAGAGAGAGAGAGAGAGAGAGAGAGUUCUAUGGAUACGUUGCUCAUUGCCCAUACGAUAAGCGCCUAUGAACCUUUAUCGGUUAUCAACUUUUGUCUCUGAGCGCCACCUCGUACGACUAUUCGGUAUCAGAACGCCGAAAUAUUGUUUCCAGGAAUUAGACACUUCGUCUUGUUAAUGCCCGUGAUUCGAUCCCCGUAUUCUUUCGAGUUAUUGGAAUUACCAUUGAGACACGUUAGUUUAAUUUCCAACGAAUGCAUGUCAUUUGGAUUAUAUAUAUAUUCAUAAAGAAUAUGUGUAUCUUUCAGUUCAAGCAAAGUAGGAGUGCUCCGUAUUAAAAUUGGUAUAUGCUAAAUUAACAAAGUUUCUCAUACGAAUCGUGAUCUAAUUUUAUCGGUUUACUUAUACGGAAUUACGAGAAGUUCGACCAUUAUCUUGGACGUUAACUGCGAUAUUAUCUGGAGUUUUGGUACAUCGAUCAUUAGCGAUUUUGAACAGGCUGUCGAACGAACUAAUCGGGCGGUAUCACGUGUAGAGAUAACAUUAUUUAUUCGAUAGAAUUGCAUCGGAUUACGUAGUACGAUCGGGCAGUCAAUAAUAGCGCAUCAGUCAAUUUCAAAUCGAUAGGAAAUGGUUCACCUUCCAUCCAUCUCUUAUUAUCUUAUUAUCGUACAGAGAAAAAUAUGAUUAUCUAUCGCAAAUAUUGAUUUUUUUAUCGAAUGUACGACAGUACAUUCUCUUAUUCUGGCAUACGUAUGAUUAAUUAACCGAUUGUUCUAUGGUACGAGCUUUCGUUCAUUGUUCGUCACAUUUCGAGAUAUAUAGAUAGGGGAGAUUUUUAUUACACAAUCAUAUAUAUAUCCAUCCCUUCCUAUAUAAUAGGAUAACUUUAGUGAAAAAGGGAAUUCUCAAUUGGUACGCUGUUAUUGACUGGUUUUACAAGUGCCCCCCUCCCGUCUAUGUAUAUAUAUAUAUAUAUAUAUAUAUAUAUAUAUAUAUAUAUAUAGAUAAAAUACAUGCAUACAUACAUACGUAACAGGCGCGAGUUAGUUGUUUUCCAAAUACCACGAAUCGGUGAAACGCAAACCGAUUCUCCAAAUUGCGCUUGAAAUCUUCGAAUGGCUCUCGAUGACCCUGGUGGUGCCCUUGUGUCCUGUGGAUUUGCGGUUCGUUCGUAGAGGUUUAUUUUUUUCACGCAUUCCGCGUUCAGAAAAAAAGAAGAGAGAGAGAAAAAAAAAGAAAUAGCGUAACUCAAAACGAGAUAUAACGGAUUGAAAUUGGUUGGCAUUUAGUUAUCAUAAUGGAGAUCGAAUCAUGGCAAUUAAUUUGUUCCAUUUAAAUCGUAUACUAAGUAAAGUUAACAAAGCAAUGUACCUAUCACGGUGUAAGCGUCGUUAAUCAAUGAUGAAAUAAAAUGCAUUUGAAAAUGGA